AUGUCGUACUAUCCUGGCGCACCGCAGUCGUCGUACCCCGGCGGCCCGCAAUCAUCGUACCCGGGCGGACCGCAGUCGUCCUACCCGGGCGGCCCUCAAUCAUCCUAUCCCGGCUCGCAGCCUUCGUACGGUGGCGCGCAAUCAUCGUACCCCGGCGACCCGCUCUCUUCGUCGUCGUACCCCGGUGGACCUAGCGGAGACCACUCGCAGCAGUAUAACUCGCAGCCGUACAACUCGCAGCCGCACAACUCGCAGCCGCAGUACAACUCGGGCUACGGCUCGCCCUCACCAUCCUACUCCCACGCGCCACAGCAGCAGGGCCCAAUGCAGUACGACCAGAACGGCCAACCGAUCGACGGCGAGCGAGGUCUAGGCACCAUGGCGGCGGGUGCAGCCGCGGGGUGGGCGGGUAACAAGAUGACGGGCGGCCACAUGGGUGGUUUCGGCGCCAUGGCCAGCGGCGCCAUCCUCGCCCAAGUCGGCAAAAAGGUGUUCGAAAAGUUCGACGACAAGAAGAACCACAACAAUCCCUACGGCGGCCAUCACGGCGGUCACGGUGGAAACCAGGGCGGCUUCGGCGGCUUCUUCAAGUGA